GUAAGUGUGGACAAAAGUUUAAAAAUGAAAAAGUCUCCUUUAAGUACGCCAAGCUGCAGCAGGGGGAUGCAAAAUUACAAUUGGAAAUCGAACGAUCAUAAAAGUAGGACAGGUUAUAACUACGGUAAAAGUGAUAAUUCCCAGUGUGUUUCACCGAAUUUGGUCCAAAUACAUACUGGAAACGAUUUUAUUCCUUUGAAUAUUAGUACACCACAGUCAGAUAAAAAAAGACACAGUGGUAAUUGGCAUGGUUCGGGAGGUAGUCGUAAUCAUCGUAACUCAGGUAGUGGUGGAUUUAACCAUUACAGGAACAAUUAUCAUGCAACCCCAAAAUCAAAUUUCAAUAAUUUGUACUCUCCUUACAAGCAUUCUGGGAAACAAUUUUAUUGUCAGAGAAAGGGUUACCAAAAAGAUGCGCGCCAACCGGUUGACAUAUCAAGGUACAUAGAUAUGACAUCUUUUUUGGAAGAUCCAUGGGCAGAAUUAGUAAAAAGGUUAAAUAAGUCUGAAGAUGCAAACGGGGGAAAAUUGCCUAAAAUUGAAGAGUCACUUGCAUCACAGUCCAUUUACAACAUAGCUUCUGAAGCAGAUUCUGAAAAUAAAUCUGCAACAGAUGUUGAUGACUCUUGUUUUAGUCAAGAAUCUAGACAUGACUCUUCCUUAGAUGUAUCAUUGGGGUUGGAUGAUACAGACAUUAGUGAUUUAUCGAAGACAGACAGCUCAAUAAAUUUAAAGCUUGACAGUGUAAGAUUUAGCGAAGAAUCAAAAGAUGAAAGCUUUUGCAAUAACAACGACAAUGAUUGUGAGGGCAGUCAAGAAGAAAAUAAUGUUCAUGAGUUUUGCAGUACAAAUACAAAUUCAAUCGAAGCUAUUAUAUAA